UGUCUGUCUGUCAGCAGGGAAUCCACCUGCCCUGACAGUGCCGCACCUGAUCAGGAGUUCAAGUUUCCCUUGCCUGGUUGGACCAUGGAGAGUAAAGCGGCUGUUGAUGCUGAGCCCAAUGGGGACACGGUGAUCCUCAAAAAAAAGAAGCCAGAAAUGGAGGCCAGAGGCCAGUGGAGUAAUAAAGUGGAAUUUAUGCUGUCCGUGGCUGGGGAGAUCAUCGGUCUGGGCAAUGUCUGGAGAUUCCCUUAUCUCUGUUACAAAAAUGGGGGUGGUGCUUUCUUAAUCCCCUACCUCAUCUUUCUCUUUACCUGUGGGAUCCCAGUGUUCCUCCUGGAGACAGCACUGGGACAGUACACCAGCCAAGGAGGGGUCACUGCCUGGAGGAAGAUCUGCCCUAUCUUUGAAGGAAUUGGAUAUGCCUCACAAGUAAUUGAAUCCUAUCUGAAUAUCUACUACAUUGUCAUCCUCUCCUGGGCUAUCUUCUACCUGUUCAGUUCCUUUGCUGCUGUGCUUCCCUGGGCUACCUGUAAUAACCCUUGGAACUCAGAUCUCUGUGUGGACUUCCUGAAUAGCUCUGACUCGGAGAACAGGACAGUACCUGCUAAUGCCACCUCCCCAGUUAUCGAGUUUUGGGAGAAGCGAGCCUUGGGACUCACAGAUGGCAUUCACAAUCUGGGCACUGUGCGCUGGGAGCUGGCUCUCUGCCUUCUGCUUGCCUGGGUCAUCUGCUACUUCUGCAUCUGGAAAGGAGUCAAGUCUACAGGAAAAGUUGUUUACUUCACGGCCACAUUUCCCUACUUGAUGCUUUUAGUCUUGCUGAUUCGAGGAGCCACCUUGCCUGGUGCUAUUGAAGGGAUCAUAUUCUACCUGAAGCCAGACAUUUCCCGGCUUUCAGAUCCACAGGUAUGGAUGGAUGCAGGCACUCAGAUCUUCUUCUCUUAUGCCAUCUGCCAGGGGUGCCUGACAGCCUUGGGUAGCUACAACAAGUACAACAACAACUGCUACAGGGACUGCUUCAUGCUGUGUUUCCUGAAUAGUGCCACCAGCUUUGUAGCUGGCUUCGCAAUCUUCUCUGUGCUAGGCUUCAUGGCACAAGAACAGGGCAUACCCAUUUCAGAAGUGGCCGAGUCAGGUCCCGGCCUAGCAUUCAUUGCAUAUCCAAAGGCUGUAACGAUGAUGCCCGUGUCUCAGCUCUGGUCCUGCCUGUUCUUCCUUAUGCUGAUCUUCCUGGGACUGGACAGCCAGUUCGUCUGUGUUGAGAGCCUGGUGACGGCUAUUGUCGACAUGUACCCAGAAGUUCUGCAGAGGAAAGGACGCCGUGAGCUGCUGAUUCUGGCCAUUUCAGUCAUUUGCUACCUGCUUGGCCUGAUGCUAGUCACUGAGGGUGGAAUGUACAUCUUCCAGCUGUUUGACUAUUAUGCUGCCAGUGGUACGUGCCUACUGUUCCUGGCCAUCUUUGAAGUUGUCUGUAUCGGCUGGGUGUAUGGCGCAGACCGUUUCUAUGACAACAUCGAGGACAUGAUUGGUUUUCGGCCAUGGCCGCUUAUUAAGAUGUGCUGGUGGGUUGUCACCCCUGGUGUUUGCUUGGCAACCUUCCUAUUUUCACUGAUCAAGUACACACCCCUCAAAUACAACAACUCCUACGUGUACCCUACCUGGGGCUAUGUUUUGGGCUGGUUGAUGGCUCUGUCUUCCAUGAUCUGCAUU